AUCACCACUCAGGAUGACACACCAGUUCCCCACGCUCUCCGAGGCGCAGAAGAGGGAGCUACAUGAGAACGCUCUACGCAUAGUUUCUCCAGGGAAGGGCAUCCUGGCUGCAGAUGAGUCUGUGGGGAGCAUGGCGAAGCGUCUGGCUCAGGUCGGGGUGGAGAACACGGAGGAGAACCGCAGACAGUUCCGGCAGAUUCUCUUCAGUGCUGACGAUCGCAUUAACAGCUGCCUCGGAGGAGUCAUUUUCUUCCAUGAGACGCUGUACCAGCACUCUGACAACGGCGUAUCCUUUGUCAAAAUGAUCAGGGACAGGGGCGUCCUGGUUGGCAUCAAGGUUGACAAAGGUGUCGUGCCCCUGCCAGGAACAGCUGGAGAAACCACCACACAGGGCCUAGAUGGUUUGUCAGAGCGCUGUGCACAAUACAAAAAGGACGGAGCUGUCUUCGCAAAGUGGCGCUGUGUUCUCAAAAUCAGCGACACCAACCCAUCUAAACUGGCCAUCACAGAGAACGCAAAUGUUCUUGCACGCUACUCCAGUAUCUGCCAGCAGCAUGGCAUUGUGCCCGUCAUCGAGCCCGAGAUUUUGCCUGAUGGAGAUCAUGACCUGAAACGCAGCCAGUAUGUCACUGAGAAGGUCCUGACUGCAGUGUACAAAGCCAUGUCGGACCACCACGUGUACCUGGAAGGCACUCUCCUCAAGCCCAACAUGGUCACCGCUGGACACAGCUGCCCCACCAAGUACAGCCCAGAGGAGGUUGCUAUGGCAACUGUCACCGUCUUGCGCCGCACCGUUCCCCCGGCCGUCACAGGAGUGGCGUUUCUCUCAGGUGGUCAGAGUGAAGAAGAGGCCACUGUCCACCUCAAUGCCAUCAACAACUGCCCUCUGGCCAAACCUUGGAUCCUAACGUUCUCCUUUGGCCGAGCCCUGCAGGUGUCUGCACUCAGAGCGUGGCGAGGACAUAAAGAGAACGAGAAAACUGCAACUGAGCAAUUCAUCAAGAGAGCAGAGGCGAACAGUCUGGCAUGUCAGGGGAGGUACCCUGGUGGCGAUAACUAUGGCGAUGUUGGCCAGCGCAACUAUGGUUCCUGUUAUGCGUACUGAAUAAACUGAGAAGCCACUUUUGAAUUAGAGCUGUGUUCUCCCAUUACCGCAACAAGGAUUAAUAAAUAAGUCACUUCAGAAUUCUGACACUCAUGAUGAUGUUACAUGAAAACAAGUGACAGCAUGUUUUCUUGCCUUGACAAAUGAGGACAAUCAGAACAUGGCCUUUGGUAUUUCUAAUGCAUGCAUUGAAUGGAAGUUGUUGGCUUUAAUUUUGUUAUGGAUGCACAGUGUGCCCUUGUGAUAGACUCAUAACUAAAACUAAAACGACAUACUACGUAUCACAAAUACUAACUUUCCAUGUGCUGUAUGUUUAUGAAAUUGUUGCUGUAGAACAAUGAUGUUAGUCUAUAUCACAGCAAAGUUAAUAACAAAGAGUGAAUUUCUGACAUACUACUCACAUCUUAUCACAUGUAAGUAUCUCUUCAAAGCAUCUCUGUGUAUGAGUGUGUGUAUUUGAGGUUUGUUAGUCGCCGUGCACAAGUAGAAAUAUUGAAACAGAAUUAGCUUCACUCUCUGAGCAGAAAGAAUAGUCAACACAACAGUAAUUGAGUCAUUGACAAUAUGAUGUUAUGUGUGUUGUCAUUCUGAACAGAGUUUGCUCUUAGUCUGAUAACUAUAGCUCAAAUUAAGCAUUCAAACAAUAAAACAACGUUCA